AUGGCAUCCAACACACCAUCAGUAACCCACGAGCUCCUCGCUCGCGCACACGGCCCCGACAAUGCCCAGCGCAUUUUCAGUGAAAAAAUCCAUUACCGUCCACUCUUCUUGCGUCCCAAUUCUCCCCCCUCUGAAAAUGCUCGUCAAGCACGCCGGAAAGCUCGCGACGACAAGAAUAAGCGCGCCAAAGCUUUGAAACCAAAGCCUCUGACAUCCCAGCAGCGUCGCAAGCUUGGUCUGUACCAUGUGCCAAAGGAAGCCCAGAAAUACCACAUUUACGAGCCGCUCAACCGGCUGUGGGCUGGCUACAUUCGAGAGAUCCUCGGCAACGAGCUCUACACAGGCUGUCAAGGUGCAGCAGCAAAGCUGGCAGCGGCAGACUACCACGGAGCCCAGAUCCAAGUUUGUCGAAGCCGCAAUCCGGGUCGCGUUGGACUAUCUGGUAUAGUUAUCAAGGAUUCCAAGUUCACCUUUGAGAUCGUCACCAAGAUGAACAAGGUCAAGGUUGUGCCGAAAGAAGGCACCACAUUCCAGGUUAACGUUCCUGUGGCUGGUGCCGCGCCUUCUGAUGUGGCGGCUCAAGACACCAAGGACUUCGUCUUUGAGAUCUUUGGCGACCAAUUUCAGUACAGGCCGGCCGACAGAGCCAACAAAAAGUUUAGGGCCCAUUACCUGAAACUGGUUUGA